UCCCCUCGGCAGCAGCCCUGGCAACCCCUCCCUUCCCGCUCCUCCCUCUCCAUCCCACGUUUUCCAGCCCGGCCCUUAGAGUGGGGGCCUUCGGGGCUGGCUGGACUGGGGCUCCUGUGGUCUGGUGUUGGUGGCGGUGACCUGUUGCCACCCUAAAGCCGCACACCCUCGAGCCAUGUCCUGGGCCGCUCUGCUCGGCCUCCUGGCCGCGCUACUGCUGUUGCUGUUGCUGCUGAGCCGCCGGCGCGCGCGGCGACCCGGCGAGCCUCCCUUGGACCUGGGCAGCAUCCCCUGGCUGGGCCAUGCCUUGGAGUUUGGGAGAGAUGCUGCCAGCUUCCUCACCAGGAUGAAGGAGAAGCAUGGCGACAUAUUUACUGUGCUGGUGGGAGGCAGGUAUGUCACCGUUCUCCUGGAUCCACACUCCUACGACGCGGUGGUAUGGGAGUCGCGUACACGGCUGGACUUCCACCCCUAUGCCAUCUUCCUCAUGGAGAGGAUUUUUGACCUGCAGCUUCCAAAUUUCAACCCCAGUGAGGAGAAGGCCAGGAUGAAGCCGCUGCUGAUGCACAGAGACCUGCAGGCGCUCACGGAAGCCAUGUACACCAACCUCCGCACGGUGCUGCUGGGUGACUCCACAGAAGCAGCCAGCGGCUGGCAUGAGACAGGCCUCCUUGAUCUUUCCUACAGCUCCCUCCUCAGAGCCGGAUACCUGACCCUGUAUGGAGUGGAGGCCUUGCCACACACACCUGACAGCCAAGCCCAGGACCGUCUCCACUCAGCUGAUGUCUUCCACACUUUCCGCCAGCUGGAUCUGCUGCUCCCCAAACUGGCCCGAGGCUCCUUGUCAGGGGGGGAUAAAGACCGUGUAUGCAGUGUCAAAGGCCGCCUGUGGAAGCUACUGUCCCCAGCCCAGCUAGCCACCAGGGUUGACCGGAGCAGCUGGCUGCAGAGUUAUGUGAGGCAUUUGGAAGAGAUGGGGGUGUCGGAGGAAAUGCAGGCCCGGGCCCUGGUGCUGCAGCUCUGGGCCACACAGGGGAAUAUGGGUCCCACGGGCUUCUGGCUCCUUCUCUACCUCCUCAAGAAUCCUGAGGCCCUUGAGGCGGUCCGCGAGGAGCUGAAGCGCGUUGUCUGGCAAGCGGAGCAGCCUGUUUCAGAGAUGAGUACCCUGCCACAGAAGGUUCUCGACAGCCUGCCUGUGCUAGACAGCGUGCUAAAUGAGACCCUCCGACUCACGGCUGCCCCCUUUAUCACUCGCGAGGUCAUGGCAGACCUGGCCUUGCCUAUGGCAGAUGGAAGGGAAUUCUCUCUUCGACGCGGUGACCGCCUCCUCCUCUUUCCUUUCCUGAGUCCCCAAAAGGACCCGGAAAUCUACACAGAGCCCGAGGUAUUUAAAUACAACCGAUUCUUGAACCCCGAUGGGUCGGAGAAGAAAGAUUUUUACAAAGACGGGAAACGACUGAAGAAUUACAACAUGCCAUGGGGAGCAGGGCACAAUCAGUGCCUGGGGAAGAACUAUGCCAUCAACAGCAUCAAACAAUUUGUAGUUCUCCUGCUGACUCACUUUGACCUGGAGAUGGGCAGCGAGGACACAGAGGUCCCUGAGUUUGACCUCAGCAGAUACGGCUUUGGCCUGAUGCAGCCAGAAGAGGACGUGCCCAUUCGUUACCGUAUCAGGCUGUGACCUGUGCAGCAGACAGCUCACUCCCCUGGGGCCUCCUGACUUCCUGUGCCUUCGUCAUUGCCCCCCUGUUGCUCUCCUAGAAUGAUGUGUCCAGAGGAGGGGACAUAGAAGUCACAGAGAGCAGGAAAAGCCAAUGAAAACUCUACAUCCCACUGUGAAGACUUGCUUCCAAAUCAGGCUAUCUGGGCUUUGGAUUCACCUGUGCCCCCUGUCCUGUGGUACCCACAGUCCCCACCACCAUGUCCCUGACUCCCAGCAGUCACCCUCCUUACCUUCAGCAGCCGUUGUAGUCCAGGCCUUGGCCAGCAUGGCAGAAAUGGGUCAUGGGAGGGUCCAUGAAGAUUCGUCAGUGUGUUUUAAGUUCUGUCCCUAGAUUAUUAAAGAGACAUGGCCCUCCCUCUGUUCACAUGGAUGCCUGGGAAGAUGCAAGCUGUACUCUGUGGGAUAAAGUCCUCUGUCCUUGAGUCACAGGCAGUAGGUAGCAGGGCUUUCCUUAUGCUAAGACUGGGGUGGAGUGUGGCCUGGAGAGACCUGGCCCUGUGAGAUGUGUGGAGAGCCAGUCUAAGGACUAUCCUGCACCUCAACGUACAAGCCCCAGAACAAGCCGGCAGAACAGCUUUAAAUAUCAACACAGCGAGGCAUGGCGGGUGUGAGGCAGAGACAGGCACACAGAUCUUGAGUUCCAGAACAGCCAGGGCUGCACAUGCCCUGGCCACACUGGGCCUCAGUCCCAAGCUGCCAGGGAUCCCCAGCGUUCACCUUCCUAGUGCAAGGUUUUGGCCGAGUCAGCAUCAAUACCCAUAGUUCCUUCUGGUUCUGAAAGCACCGGAGUCUGAAAGCUAGCUCGUUCUCAGGCCACGCUGCACACCCCACUCCGAACGCCCCAGCUUUGUACAAAGUCUGGUGCAAACUCACCUUUGUCUAUUUUAGGAGAGAGGGCUGUGGCUCGCAAACCUCCCUGUAACUGCAGACAUGCUCACUUACUGUUAGGUCUUGUUUCCCAAGUGUCUUUUUUUGAAACAGGGUUUCUCUGUGUAGCCCUGACUGUCCUGUAACUCACUGUGUAGAUCAGGCUGGUCUUGAAAUCCCAAGAUCCGCCUGCCUCUGCCUCCCAAGUGCUGGGAUAAAAAUGUGUGGCACCGCACCCUGCAUCCUAAGUGCCUUUAGUGCUGAGACAGGCACAGCAGACCUGUAUUUUCAUUCCUCACAGCAUCGUGGGGAAGAUAGGGUGUUAUGCCAGCUUUCCAGAUGAGAGAGCCAGCUCAGAGAGGUUAAGUGACUUCCCUGGGGUCACACAACUCUUGCCAGUAGAGCUCAGCCUAUGCACCUCUCCUAGAAGCAGAUGUCAGGUGGGCAGUGUGUACUUCAUUCCUAGGGCUCUAGGGGUGGCAGUGGGACACUUCUGUUUGGCAUUGGAGAGCUGACAGCCGGAAAUACCCAAGCGUGGUGCAGCUUAUGAGACGCAGGCACAUCUGUGAUGCGGUCCUUUUAGGUGGAAAGACAGAAAAGGCCCUGUGCCUGUGCGUUCCAGGGCUCACCUCUUGGAGCUGACCUAGUGCUGGAGGCUUCCCUGGCCCCUUGGGAUUCCCAGAUAGACAGUGUGAUUGGCAGGAGUCUGGGCAUCCCCAGGGAAACCCAUCUCCAUGCUUGGGUGACCCCCCACUGCUGCCUGCUUCUUAUCUUUGCAGGAAAUCAGAGCUGGCAAGCCUCCUGUGGGAGGAUGAGCCAGUUUCCAUGGCAACCCCCAGUUGCCUCCUCAAGGCUGGAAGGGGAGGAAGAAAGUGGCAGAAAUAGCUGCUGAAGGUCUCACAGGCUUCAGUCCUGGUGUGCUAGAGGGAAGCCCUACAGAGCCCCAUCCUCAUUGAAUCCGGCUGGUCUGGUCCCAAGAUGUUCACCUGGCUCAGCGAAGGGCUAGUUCCCUUUCGAGGUGGCGUCUCCUCAGCCACAAUCAUGAGAGAAUCAAAUAUGAGGAAGAUGGUUAAGGUCAGGCAGCUCUGGCGGGGACCUGAGGUGCUGAAGCAGCACUCAGAGGACUCAUGCCUGCCCUCACUUCAUUUCCUCCCCCUUUCCAUUUCUUCCCUUCUUUAAAUUCUGGAAAUUUAGCUCAGCUGGCAGAGUGGUUGACUUGCACGCACAAAGUCCGCAAUUCAUCUGCAGUUCUGUAUAAAUUGGGUUAUGGUGGGACAUGCCUGUCAUCACAGCAAGGUGAAGGCAGAGGAUCGGGGGUUUAAAAGUCAAACUUGGCUACACAGUGAGUUUGAAGUGGGCUUGGGCUACACAAGAUUGUCUGAAGGAAAGAGGAAGGGCCAGAGGAGUCAGUAGCUUAGAGGAGAGAUGCAUUAGCCACCUGCGUGGGCAGGACCUCGGCUCUCCACUCCUGGCUCCACUCCGGGCAGCAGGAUGUCUUCAGGUCGAUCUGAUGGAGCACUUCCUGGGUCAUCUCACUAUGCGUCUGCUGCUGUGUGCUGGACAUCAAACGUUCUCCUUUAAGCAGAUUCGCUUGUUUUCCCCAUGCUGGCAGGAGUGGGCCGGUAUCAAGCAUACCCCCACAGAACUGUCAAGAAUAAACCAGCCCUAGACAGUAGAGGUCAAGACUCUGGGCCCCAGAGCCUGUGUGCCUGGGUUAGAUGAGCCAACGUGCUGGCUGUCUGAGGCCUAACUCAUGUCUCUCCUCAAGUUUCUCAUUGGCGGACCCACUGUGGGUAAGGGGUCCAAAAGAGGGGUGAAGGGCUCAUGGCAGGGGCUGGGAGCCCAGUCUCCGGAUAGAGAGGCCUACUAUGAGAGCUCUCCUGGGCGUUGGUUUUGAUGCUUUUGUUGUUUUUAAUAAAUACAGCGUCAUAGUGUAUUUUGUGAGCAGCAUGGUGGUGAUGCCUUGCCAUUUUGACACAGCGCUCAAGCUUCAUGUCAUACUGUGUUUAAUGGACACGCGCCUAUUAAAGUGGUCUUGCUCAUGAA